AUGAGGCAAAAGGGCCACGACAGCGUUUGCGCGUCGACGAGGACAAAUACGUAUCCGAGCAUCGACGUCGUCUGCCCGCGCACUGUUGGGCUUUGUUCUUCCACUCCUCCGGGUCAAUUGAUUUUGCUCUCUCGGCCAUUCUUUUACAAUGAGGUCGACCUCCGAUUACUGGCCAACGUCAAGCAGGGCCGCUAUCUCGAGCCUCUGGCUCCCACUGGCUUGACCGGGCUCCGAACCCACCCCAACCCACGCCCGACGCUCAUCUUUCUCUACAAGUCUACUCUCGAGAAGCUCAAGGCUUUCCCGGAGACAUCGGUCUACCGUCAGUCUACCGAGGCUCUGACCCGCCACCGUCUACAGAUUGUCGAGUCCACCAAGCCCCCGGGGUUCGAUGAAUGGCUCGAGCGCGUGAAGAAGACAGUCGCUGCUCAGCCGAAGCGCUUCGAACCGGUCCGUCUUCCGGAUGGUUCUUACGCUGCGCGGCAGGAGGGUGACCCCAAUGCUGGCCCUCGCGGCUUGGAGUGGGACGGUGAGGGCAUGGAGCCGAGCACGGAAGGACCGGCGCGAACGGAGGAGGAGCUUGCCCGUUGGCACAAGAUCAUGGAGGAGGUCACGGACCCUGAAAAGAGAGAUUCCGACUUCGAGUCAGACAACAUUCAAUGGGAGAGCGAGCCACCCCUGGAGGCAGACCAGAUUGCUGAGAUCGAGAACAAGAUUGGUGGUGGCUUGAUCGAGGAACUCAUCCAGGUCGCUGAAGGGGAGCUGAAACUCGUGGAUGAAUUGGCAAAGGCCCGAGUGUGGGAGGAGCUCGCUGAGAAGCCUCGACCAGAACAAUGGACUUACUUUGAACGCGAUACGCAUACCCCCGAAAAAUCAUAA